AGUCAUACAAGGUGUUUGUUUGUCAAGACCAGAAACAGCAGAAAACAAAGAGGCCAUUAAACGCCUGUGGGUUCAUGAGGUCCUCAGAGUCUAUUAUGAUCGCCUUGUGGAUAAUGCUGACAGAAGCUGGCUUAUUAACUACAUACAAGAAAUUCUGAAAAAUUACAUGCAGGAAGAUUUUCAUGAUCUAUUUAAAAAUUUGGAUUUUAAUCAUGAUGGCACUGUAGAAGAAGAUGAUUUAAGAAGUUUAAUGUUUUGUGAUUUCCAUGAUCCUAAGAGGGAAGAUUUUGGCUACAGAGAAAUUGCCAAUGUGGAUGCUCUCAGGAUGAUUGUCGAAGGCCAUCUAGAUGAAUAUAACAACAUGAGCAAAAAGCCCAUGAACCUUGUCUUGUUCCGAUUUGCCAUAGAACACAUAAGCAGAAUUUCUCGAAUCUUGAAGCAGCCACGGAGCCACGCCCUUCUGGUGGGGGUGGGCGGGAGCGGAAGGCAGUCAGUCACCAGACUUGCUGCACACAUGGCUGAUUAUUCACUAUUUCAGGUGGAAAUCUCCAAGGGCUACGGUAGCCAUGAGUGGCAUGAAGAUCUGAAAGUGAUUUUAAGAAAAUGUGCAGAGAAUGACAUGCAGGGGGUCUUCCUGUUCACAGAUACACAAAUAAAAAGAGAGUCAUUUCUAGAAGAUGUCAACAAUCUCCUAAACGCCGGGGAGGUUCCAAACCUCUUUGCUUUAGAUGAAAAGCAAGAAAUAUGUGAAAAAAUGCGUCAGUUAGAUCGCCAGCGGGAUAAAACCAGACAGACAGAUGGGAGUCCCAUAGCUCUUUUCAACAUGUUUAUUGACCGCUGCCGCAACCAGCUGCAUGUGGUCCUGGCCAUGAGUCCCAUCGGAGACUCAUUUCGGAUUCGUCUUCGGAAGUUUCCUGCUCUUGUUAACUGCUGUACCAUUGACUGGUUUCAGUCAUGGCCAGAAGAUGCUCUGGAAGCGGUUGCUUCACGGUUCCUGGAAGACAUUGAGAUGUCAGAGGAAAUCCAAGAAGGCUGUAUUGACAUGUGUAAAAGGUUCCACACUUCUACUAUCAACUUAUCAUCAUCCUUCCACAACGAACUUCAAAGAUAUAAUUACGUGACUCCCACCUCCUACCUGGAAUUGAUCUCUACCUUCAAACUGUUGUUAGAAAAGAAAAGAAAUGAAGUGAUGAAAAUGAAAAGGAGAUAUGAGGUGGGUUUAGACAAGCUGGACUCGGCUUCGUCCCAGGUGGCCACCAUGCAGAGUGAGCUGGAGGCGCUGCAUCCGCAGUUAAAAGUUGCCAGCAGAGAGGUUGAUGAAAUGAUGAUAAUAAUUGAGAGAGAGUCCAUGGAGGUGGCCAAAACUGAGAAAAUCGUGAAAGCUGACGAAACAGUAGCGAACGAUCAAGCCAUGGCAGCCAAAGCCAUCAAAGAUGAAUGCGAUGCAGACUUGGCUGAAGCCCUACCCAUCCUGGAGUCUGCACUGGCUGCCCUUGAUACCCUGACCGCGCAGAUUCCCUCCCUCCAGAUAGGCCCUUGGUCUUACGAAAAUCAUAUGCCCCAGAGCAGGGGAAUCCCAGAUUCAGGAAAUGGGAAUGGAGUGGCAAAAAUUGUAGCUCCCAAAAAGAUAAAGCUAGCUGCAGCCGAAGGGAAGCUGAGGAUUGCUAUGGAAGGCCUUAGAAAGAAGCAGGCUGCCCUGCAUGAGGUUCAGGACAAGUUGGCCAAACUCCAAGACACACUUGAGUUGAAUAAGCAGAAGAAAGCAGACUUGGAAAACCAGGUGGAUCUGUGGCAGCAGGCACUAUAUGGAGUUAGACCUGUAGAGUAA